AUGAUUGUGACGGCGACGUUGAUGAGUGCCUGGGCGGGCCGGGCGAGUGCCCAGGGUAGUUACUCGUACGCGGAGGAUUACAGUGGUGAUUACGGUGAUUACGAAAGCCGGGAUAGCUACUCCUAUGAGGAUUAUGGCGAGUAUGGUGAUGAGUAUGGUGACAACGCCCUCUGGGACGACGACAGGACUUCCCAUUAUGGGGCGAAUCUGUACGGUACAAGAACGACACAGUACGACACGAAAACGACUUUGGUCAGCUCAGGGCACUCGCCUUUUCAUUCUACGUCAUCACUGUACCCGGAAAGUACGCUGGCACCAUCGACACCGUCCUCCACGUAUUACAAGACCUCCUACUCGACCUUGUCCUACUCGGAGACGGGAGUGACGCCUUACCCUCGCGCCCGCGUGCCCGUGCAAUCCUCAGGAUACGACUCCCAACGCCCAGUGUACGACCCAUCGCCAGAAAACGCACCCAGCAGCCCUCUCCUUCCGGCGCUCACGGACGAAUUCGGCGACUCUCAGCCAAGCUUUGGCGCCGUCGGAGUGCCGGGCGACGCCGAUCUUUUCGAAAGGACGGAUGACGAUUACUACUACGAAGGUCGGUUUUCCGUCGGGACGGCCAAGUCUGCCUACAACGAGCAGGAUCUCCUGGAGGAGAAGGACAUCAUCCUCGUGAACAGGCGACUCGAUGUUCCCUUCGGGCGAGUCAAGUACCUGAAUUCCGAGACUGACCUCAAAAUCAAGGUCGGAGAAGGUCAUCGGUGCCGGGUGACGGUGAUUGAAAACGAGCCCAUCACGCAACGACCCGGCAUGCUGACUCCAUCUAACUUCAGCUGCGAUUUCAGUCUCCACGAAGUUCACUACACACACCUGGGCGGGCGCUAUCCUUCCUCGGAUACCAUCAAACUCCUUCUCCGUUAUGACACUCGGCAGGACACCUUCAUAAUUCCCUUCACCAUGAAUGUAAAGGUCCUGUACGAUAUGCAGCUGGAGGUGGUGACGCUCAACAUGCCCCUGAAUGUAGAUCAGCUGUUCGGGACGAGCAACGACAUCGACAGAAGCAACACCAUGUUUGCCUACGACGAGAUCCGCCACGAGUGCAAGAUCACGCUGCUCCACAGGCACUCUGACCUCCCCAGGUAUGGUGUCGUCAUUACCGACGAAGGUGACACUCCCUCAGGCUACAUGGUACCGUGUCAACAGUUCCUGGAGUCUGGUGUCAGGUACCGACACACGGUGGUGCCCUCGACGAGGCUGGACUACAUUCCCGCCGUGGCUGAACUCUACGACAUCGCCUCCAUGACUCUCCACAAGCAAGAGUACUUCCAGUUUCCAGUCCGGCUCCGCGCUGGGACCGCCAACACGGCGCCGUCUGUUUCUUACGAGUCUCUUCUCCUGAUGGAUGUUAACCAGUUUGUGAUGACCGCUCUUACGCCCUCAAUUGUUACUAUUCUUGAUGAAGAAACCGCUUUAGAGAGACUUAUUUUCAACGUGACGAAACCACUGGGCUACGGCGAGGGCAUGCUCGUGAGUACCGACGAUCAGAACUUAGCCGUGUCUUCCUUCUAUCAACAGGACAUCCGGGACCUGAAGAUUGCGUACAAACCGCCGGCCGAGGACUCGAAUGCAAAGAGGACUUUCGAGGUGGAGUUUGAGGUUCUGGACGACGAAGGACUGGCCUCACAACCCUUCAGGAUGAUGAUCAUUGUGAACCCCAAGAAGACCAGGGCGCCGCUCACCAUGAAGAACGCAGGACUCGAGCUCUUUGAAGGCCAGUCUCGACGUUUAAGCUCGGCAGAGAACCUGGAGAUCGCUGACGAAGAUAACCUCGAAGACGUGUCCCUGAGCGUCAUCGGCGGGCUGAAACACGGGCGACUGCUCCUGAUGGGGGCGCCGACGAAGAUCUUCUCUCCGGCCGACCUAGACACGGGCGCGGUAGUGUACGAACACGACGACAGCGAGACAUACACGGAUAACCUUCUCUUGAGGAUGAGUGAUAAGGACCACGAAGUUGAGUUCCUCUUCCCCAUCACAAUUUUCCCCGAGGAUGACCAGCCCCCCAUUGCCCAUGUCAACACCGGUUUCCAAGUCAAGAAAGGAGAGUUGAAGGAAAUCACACCUUUCCUCCUCAGCGCCACAGACGUCGACAGUGACGACUCUAGCAUCACUUACCUCCUGCAGGAUCCCCCCCCUGAAUUCGGGACUCUGAUCCUGCGUCGGCCGAGCAUCCCGCCCAACCCUGAGAACUGGCAGUACCUCAACAACGUGUACGAGAAACGGGCUUCAUCUUGGACGCAAAGAGACAUAACUGAUGGUUUUCUCUACUACCGCCAUCUUGGUGAACAUCGCACGAUUUCUGUGAUGGAUAGAAUCUAUUUCACUCUUACUGAUAACCACGACCCCCCCAACGAGUCGGAGAUAAUGGACGUGGCUGUCAAGGUCUUGCCAGUUGACGACAUCCCGCCUGAGCUGCACAGUGGUUGCUCUCUGUCCUUGAUGGUCGAUGAGCACAAGACGACCGUCCUCACAAAAGCGAGUCUUCAGUACGUCGACGUUGAUUCCAAGAAUAAGAAUCUCGUGUAUUAUAUCCAGCCUUUGCGUAAUGUAGACGUUAAUGACCGCAUGUCACCUGGAAACAUCGUCUUAACAGAGUCGCCAGAAAUUGUCGUGGCGACUUUUUCGCAAGCACAGAUCAAUCACCACAAGAUUUCGUACAAGCCCCCUGCGCAGGAACUUGGUAUAGUUCCUAGAAUUAUUCAGUUUGAGUUCGAGGUUCAGGACGAGGCUGGAAACAUACUUCCUGGACAGACUUUCACCAUCUUCCUCACACCCGUGGACAACCAGCCACCCGAGGUUCUUAACAGCGGAAUUCGGGGCGUGCAGGAGCGCAGCGAAGUGGUCAUUACGACUCGAGUCCUCGACGUGAUGGAUCCGGACACAGACGUCGACAACAUAAUCUUCCGGGUGAGCCAAGUCCCCCUCCACGGCAGCCUCAUGUACGACGCACUCGAAAUGGCACCGGGGAAUGAGUUCACGCGACGAGACAUCAUUGACAUGUUGAUUAAGUAUGUCAACAGUGGCAAAGGCGAGAUGGACAACGACAGUUUCAAAAUCGACGUUACGGAUGGCGUCCACACGAUACCAGUGACGGUCUUCAUCGACAUCGAGCCGAUCGACGACGAGCCGCCGCGUCUCUUGGAGCUUUUACCCGGAAGCUUCGGGGCGAUGGUGAGGGUGAAGGAGGGUCAAGACGCGCCCAUCACCACGAAGGUCCUCAAAGCCACGGAUCCAGACUCGGAAUUCAUUCGUUUGACUUACAUUAUCCACGAAGCACCAAAGUAUGGGAGGAUCUUGCUCAGUGGCGUGGCCACGUCCAGCUUCACUCAAAUGGCGAUAGAAAAGAGCGAGGUCUUGUAUCGCCACGAAGGAGGCGACAUCGGAAAGUCGGCCAUCACGGAUAAUUUUACGCUCAUUCUUUCUGACAUGUCCGACGAGUACACUUACGGCGGGAACCGCAUCGAUCAGGUGAUGGUCAACGUGACGAUUGAACCGAUUGAUAAUAUCGCCCCCGAAGUGUUUGUCGAUCUCCCUAUCACCGUGAACGAGUCCUCCCGGGCGCCGAUAACAGUCGAUCACAUCAAGAUCAGCGACGCCGACACCGACGACGAGAAGGUGAGCUGCACCAUCACCCGCCAGCCGUCCAGUGGCUACGUGGAGAACAUCUCGCCAGCGCCCGGGCACGAAAGCUCAAGGAAGGGAAUCCCUGUCACUUCGUUCAACCUGGAAGACAUUUUAGAGGAGAAUAUCAAUUACGUUCAGAGCGUCUAUACCAGAGUGGAGCCUCGCGAAGAUAACUUUGCCUUCCACUGCACGGACGGAAUCAAUAGAUCUCCCGACGUGACUGUGUUCGUUCAGAUCGAGCCUUACAACGACGAGGUGCCCGAACUCUUCAUGAAGGAGCUUGUCGUCAUGGAGGGCAUGGACUUGAUAAUCGAUUCUCCCGUUCUGGUGGCCACCGACAGCGAUGAACCGAAGGAUAAGCUGACCUUGAAGAUUUCCCGGGAACCCCAUCAUGGCCACGUCAUGCAGCAAAGCUCGGCGGGAAUGCAGCCGAUCAGCGAGUUCACCAUCGACGAUCUAAACAUCGAGUCGAAGAUCGUAUAUUCCCACGACAACAGCGAGACACUGCAGGACGAUUUUGAGAUCGAACUCUCCGACGGAAACCCAGGUCACGUCGUGAGAAAAGAGGUGAAAGUGAAGGUCUUGCCUGAGGACGAUGAGGCCCCGAGACUCACCCUCAACACCGGGUUGGAGGUCGACCCUCGAGAGGCGGUCUUGAUCACGGACGUGGAACUCAUGGCGGAGGAUUUAGACUCAAACGACAAGAACAUCACCUUCGUCAUCAGGAAGGCUCCGAGGUUCGGGCACCUGGAGCGCCUGAGCCACAGCACGCUCACGCCCCUGCAGAACCUGUCCUUCGGGAUGAACUUCACGCAGCGAGAAAUCGACGACGGCGUCAUCCAGUACCGACACACGGGCAUCGCCGGCGUGAGAGACAUGAUCAAAUUCGACCUGACGGACGGCAAAAACGUGAACAUGGACAGGACCUUCUACAUCGAGGUGGAGGGCAAGGACAACAUCCAUCCCGACGUCGUGAACAAGGGCGUGGAGCUUCCUGAAGGAGGGAGAGUCGUGCUGACUACCGACGCCCUCAGCACAAGCGACCUUAACAGCGAAGACGAAUAUCUAAACUUCACGAUCACGAGAGCUCCAUCGCGCGGCCAUCUCGAAGUGUCAGACACGCCAGGCUUCCCGAUCACAAGCUUCACGCAGCUUCAGCUCGCUGGGAACAAAGUUUCCUACGUGCACCACUCCCUGGACGAAGUUAAGAUGGAUUCCUUUGAGUUCGUUGUCACCGACGGCCACAACGCCGUCUACAGGACCUUCCGCAUUUCGAUUAGCGACGUGGACAACAAGCUCCCCGUCCUCUUCGUGGGCGAGCUCAGGGUUCGAGAGGGUGGGUCGAAGCUCAUCACGCCGUUUGAACUCAAGCUCGAAGACCGCGACACCCAGUCUCAGUCGCUGAAGUUCACCCUCACCCGAGUGCCACUCCACGGCAAGGUCUUGCACAACAACACGAGGACGACAAGGCACUUCACGCAGUCGGAUCUCGAGGCCAACCUUAUCACGUACCACCACGACGGAUCCGAAACGCUGCAGGACGACCUCCACUUCGUCGUUACGGACGGGACGCACGCCGAGUUCUACGUGUAUCCGAACACCGAGCGCACCACACGAAACCAACAGCGCCUCGCCAUUGCAAUAGAACCUGUUGACAACGGCGUUCCGAAGCUCUCCGUAAAUAAAGGGGCGACUCACCUGUAUCCCAUCGAGGACGGCAAAGGAUCUGGUCUAGGAUUUGUGUUUUCGGCGCGCGUCCUUCACGUAAAGGACCGAGAUUCGCUCCCAGAGGCGCUCACGUAUCGCGUCGAGGAGCCUCCGCGGUAUGGGCGCCUCGUCGCCGAAGGCAGCCGCAACGCCUCCGUAGAGUUCUUCACGCAACAGUCAAAGACCAGCUCAUUGCGUCACGUCAGCCGUAUCUACGAUCGCUCACAAGAAUAA